AUGGAGAAGCACAACAUGGUGAGUGAGGAAAUGCUGUCUCCUGAUGGGGAGGAGCAGAGGGCAGUGACCUAUGAUGAUCUACAUAUCAACUUCACUCAGGAAGAGUGGGAUUUGCUAGAUCCUUCCCAGAAGAAUCUCUACAAAGAUGUGAUGCUGGAGACCUUCAGGAACCUCACUACUAUAGGGUACAUUUUGGAGGACUGUAACACUGAAGAACAUAGUCAAUGUUCUAGAAGACCUGCAAGAAAUGAAAAAACACGUACUGGAGAAAAAUGCUGUGAAAUGAAGCAAUGUGGUAAAGCCUUUGCUUAUCACAGUCAUCUUCAAAUGCAUGAAAGAACACACACUGGAGAGAAACCCUAUGAAUUUAAUCUGCUUGGUAAGGCCUUUGCUAAUCACAGCCAUCUUCAAAAGAAUAAAAGAAGAUAUACUAGAGAGAAACCCUAUGAAUGUAAUCAGUGUAGUAAGGCCUUUGCACAUCACUGUGAACUUCAAUUGCAUAAAAGAACACAUUCUGGAGAGAAACCUUAUGAAUGCAAUCAGUGUGGUAAGGCCUUUGCUCAACGUGGUAAUCUUCAAACACAUAAAAGAACACAUACUGGAGAUAAACCCUAUGAAUGUAAUCAGUGUGGUAAGGCCUUUGCUUACAACUGUGCUCUUCAAAAUCAUAAAAGAACACAUACUGGAGAGAAACCCUAUGAAUGUCAUCAAUGUGGUAAGUAUUUUGCAUGUCAGGAUCAUCUUCAGUUGCAUAAAAGAACACAUACUGGAGAGAAACCUUAUGAAUGUAAUCAGUGUGGUAAGGCCUUUGCUUACAACUGUGCUCUUCAAAAUCAUAAAAGAACACAUACUGGAGAGAAACCCUAUGAAUGUCAUCAAUGUGGUAAGUAUUUUGCAUGUCAGGAUCAUCUUCAGUUGCAUAAAAGAACACAUACUGGAGAGAAACCUUAUGAAUGUAAUCAGUGUGGUAAGGCCUUUGCUUACAACUGUGCUCUUCAAAAUCAUAAAAGAACACAUACUGGAGAGAAACCCUAUGAAUGUCAUCAAUGUGGUAAGUAUUUUGCAUGUCAGGAUCAUCUUCAGUUGCAUAAAAGAACACAUACUGGAGAGAAACCUUAUGAAUGUAAUCAGUGUGGUAAGGCCUUUUCUCAACACAGUACUCUUCAAACCCAUAAAAGAACACAUACUGGAGAGAAACCCUAUGAAUGUAAUCAGUGUGGUAAGGCCUUUUCUCAACACAGUAAUCUUCAAAUGCAUAAAAGAACACAUACUGAAAAGAAACCCUAUGAAUGUAAUCAGUGUGGUAAGACCUUUGCUCAACACAGUCACCUUCAAACACAUAAAAGAGGACAUACUGGAGAGAAACCCUAUGAAUGUGAUGAAUGUGAUAAAGUCUUUGCUCAGAACUGUGCUCUUCAAUUGCAUAAAAGAACACAUACUGGAGAGAAACCCUAUGAAUGA